AUGCUCAAAACAUCAGGGUCCCCUCAUGGUGCGGAUGCGGAUUUCGUGCAUCCGCAGGGUGUCUCCGAUAGCGAUCAUGACUUUGAGAAGCAGCAGGAUGUCCAGCCGGAGUAUCAGGAUGCGUUUGGCGAUGAGGAGCAUGCCGAGGUUAAGUACAAGACCUUGAGCUGGUGUGCUAAUGAAGUAGUCAUGGUUGCCGAGACGGUGUCUCUGGGCAUCCUGUCGUUGCCAGCGGUCGUUGCUGCUCUUGGACUGGUCCCUGCCAUUAUUUUGAUGAUAGGCCUGGGCUUGAUGUCCACCUAUACCGGCUACACCAUCGGUCAGUUCAAAUGGCGCUAUCCGCACAUCCACAGCAUGGCGGACGCCGGCGAGGUGCUACUGGGUGCUUUCGGCCGGGAACUCUUCGGCACGGGCCAGCUGCUGCUCGUCGUCUUCAUCAUGGCGAGCCAUAUCUUGACCUUUGCCGUCGCGAUGAACAACAUCACUGAGCACGGAACUUGUUCUAUCGUCUUUAGCGUCGUGGGACUGGCCAUUUCGUUCGUGUUGUGUUUGCCCCGAACGCUCUCCAAGGUGUCUUUCCUUUCGGUUGCGUCAUUUAUUAGCGUCUUUUCGGCCGUCAUGAUCGUCAUGAUUUCGGUGGGUAUCCAGCGUCCGUGGAAAGGAAGCCUCAAUGCUACGGUUGAUACCAGUCUGUACAAGGCUUUCCUCGCCGUCUGUAACAUCGUGUUCUCCUUCUCCGGCCACGUUGCCUUCUUUGGAUUUAUGGCGGAACUCAAAAACCCCCGUGACUAUCCCAAGUCCCUCUUCCUGCUGCAAGGACUCGACACCUGUCUGUACAUCGUCGCUGCCGUGGUCAUCUAUUGCUACACCGGUGACGGUGUGACAUCUCCUGCGCUGGGCUCCGCUAGUCCUGUUGUCCGGAAGGUGGCGUACGGCGUCGCCUUGCCGACGAUUAUCAUCGGCGGUGUGGUCAACGGCCAUGUCGCGGCCAAAUACAUAUACGUGCGGCUGUGGCGGCACAGCGACCGCAUGCACAAGCGUGAUCUCGUGUCGGCAGGAUCGUGGGUGCUGAUCGGACUGGUGACUUGGAUCAUCGCUUGGAUUAUCGCCGAGGCGAUUCCCGUGUUCAAUAACCUGCUGAGUUUGGUGGCGUCGCUCUUUGCAAGCUGGUUCACUUACGGAUUCAGCGCCCUCUUCUGGCUGCAUCUCAAUAAGGGCCGGUACUUCUCGACCCCCAUGAAGACCACGUUGACCAUUUUCAAUGUCUUCAUUAUCGGCAUUGCAGCCUGCAUUUGCGGUCUGGGUCUCUACGUAUCCGGAAAAGCCCUACACGACGAUCCCGGGAGCGCGAGUUUCUCGUGCGCGAACAAUGCCUAA